AUGGCACGUCUUCGUCGGCCCGAGUCCUUCGACGAUGUAAGAGCCGAGGGCCUGUUCCGGACCACCACGGUGCCACAGAUCCUCGCCAAGCGUGGGGCAAUCUUCGUGGAGGGAUUGCCAGGACUCCUGGGAGCAGGCGGUUUCCGCCCGGAGAAGAUUCCGACCAAGCAGGAGGUGCUCGCGGCUGGAUCGAGCAUCUUCGAAUCGACUGCGCAGGCUGAGGGCGUUGACGUCUUUCUGAGCCACCGCUGGGGCUCUGCUCGCUGGACAAAGUACUUGGCACUAUGCCUCUACUUGAAUCUGACAGCAGCUGUGCUAUGCUCCACAGCCACAUGGCUUCUGGCUACUGCAACGAUGAUCGUGUUUGCAGGCGGAGCAGCCAACCUUGGUGGCAACCUCUUGUUGUUCCCCAUCUCGGUUUACCUCCCGAUGGCAGCUUUUUUUGUUGUCUUUUUCUUUGGCCAGCAUGUGGUACAUCGAUUUCGACCCCUCUCGGUGUGGGUGGACCGGGCAUGCAUUCACCAGACAGACCACGAUUUCAAGCGGCGCCAGAUCCAGGCACUCCCUGUUUUCGUCGCGCGGUCGUCCUCGAUGCUUGUGUUGUGGGACGACACUUAUUUCAUGAGGCUCUGGUGUCAACUAGAAUUGGCUACCUUUGCGAAGCACGGCGGUGCUCAGAAGGUUCAAUUCUUGCCACUUUGGCUGGCACCUUGGCUUCUGUCAGCACUUUUGCUGAAUGUGCUAGUCGCCACGAGCUGGUACAUUCUUUCCCAUACCGUCCCUAUGGAUAUUUUCUCUUCCGCGCAAACUUUUUCUGCCAUAUUGGGGUCGGCAUUCGGUCCGCUUCUCACCCUGGUACUCUUCAAUCUGCUGUUUGGCACAGCAUUGGGCGUUCUUGCAUCGAUUCCAUGGACCAUUGCCUGCAGAGCCAAAUUGCGGAGCCACUCCUUGAUGCUGGAGCAGAUGGCGUGCUUUGACUGCCGAGCUGCAGAGUGCACAGUAGAGACUGACAGGAUCCUCGUGGAGCAGCAAGUCCAACAACUAUUCAGGUCGGUGAUCUGCGAAAAAGAUGUUGUGGUUCUGCCGACAUCAUCCACGGGAUCAGAGCAUGCGUACUUGGCGUCGCCUAGUGACAGCAUGGAGGCCGCCUACAUGUCGCGGACAAUGCAGGACAGCGUGGCUUAUGCUCAGAGUGAUGAUGAAGCUCUGGACGCCUUUAACAGCUACAUUCGCGGCCCACUUCGGACUGCCGUCAUGGAAAGUGUGGGAGACCAGCUGCAUGUGCCAUAUAGCAUGUGUCUGGUAGCUUCUCUACCCAUGAUCUUUUAUUCUGCGACUGACACUCUCCAAUGUGAUGCUGCAUGCAGAUCCGCCAGUGGCUUUUCAUCCUUCGAGAGGUACCUUUUACCUGUUGCGCUGGGCUGGCUUGGCACGAUUUGGCUGGUCUUGCCUAUCUUCUACCCUGUCUUUCUUCGGAUGCUGAAAUGUGCUUACUCCGUCCAGACUCAGAUCCUGCAGCUCAUGUUGGCGGCUCUUAGUGGGAUUUUGACCUUCAGCUACGGCUACUGCAUGGUCGGACUGGUCUUUGGACUUUUGGAUGUAAGCUUCCAGAGAGGAAUGAUUGGUUUGAUCCCGCUCCAAAUUCUCCUGUUCUUCCUCCUUGUGCAGCUGCGAAGCCUUUUUGGCACGGAUCGCCGUUCAGGACAAGCUUGGUGUCAAGGAGCCGAUCGGAGGGCAGUGGAUAGCACAUACCGGGCUCUUUGCGCGGCAGAGGAUAUCAGUCUCUUGGCCGCGGGUGGGUUCCGUCCGGACAAGAUACCGACCAUGCAGGAGGUGCAAGAGGCCGGGUCGCGAAUUUUCGAGUCCACCUCGUGCACUGAGCGGGUGGAUGUCUUUGUGAGUCAUCGCUGGGGCGCUGCGCGCUGGGCGAAGUACUUGAACCUGUGCCUCUAUCUCAACCUGUCGGCUGCCGUCGUGUGCUCCAUGUUACUGCCUGUCUUGGUCUACUUGCCCAUGGGGGUGUUUUUUCUCUUGUUUUUUCUCGGGCAGCACGCCAUCCACCUCUUCUGGCCAACGUCACUUUGGGUGGAUCGUGCCUGCGCGCACCAGACAGAUCACGAGCUGAAACGACGACAGAUCCAGGCGCUCCCAGUUUUCGUUGCGCAGUCAUCCUCUAUGCUGGUGUUGUGGGACGACGAAUACUUCCAGCGUCUUUGGUGUCAACUAGAAUUGGCUACGUUCGCAAAAUACGGCAGUGUGCAGAAGGUCAAUAUCCUUCCGCUUUGGUUGGCGCCGUGGCUGCUGUCUGCGCUUGUCAUCAACCUAGGCGCUGCCUCAGGUUGGAACUUCCUGUGGUAUGGAGUCUCUCCAGACUUUCUGUACUCCCUCGUCGCAACGGUUCAAGGAAGGAUUCCGCAGACUCUCUCAGUGCCAGUUACUUCGGUGAUCAUCGUCACGCUCUUUGGGUCUAUGGUGGGCUUACUCGCAUCGAUCCCCUGGGCGAUCGCUUGCAAAGCGAAGUUGCGCAGCCACGAGCUGAUGUUGGACCAAAUGGCGAAUUUUGAUUGCCGGGCUGCACAAUGUACAGAACCGGCCGAUAGGCUACUAGUGCAGCAGCAGGUCCAGCAUCUAUUUCGAGCGCCCGGACAGCCCAGUAGUUCAUCAGAUUCGAUUGAGGCGGAACCAAUUGAUGACAGGUCGCUGGAUGCAUUCAAUGGCUAUAUUCAAGGUCCACUCCGUUCCGUCGUCAUGGAAAAUGUCGGAGCAAAGCUGCAUGUUCCCUAUGGGUUGUGCCUGGUGGCUGGCUUGCCAAUGACGUUUUAUUCCUGCGUGGACAUUCUCCAAUGCGAUGAGGCGUGUGUAGCCAGCAAUGGAUUCGAGACUUUUUCCUCAUACAUGAAGGCCAGCAUGGUGACCUGGCUCGUGAACAUUUUGCUGGUUUACCCCAUCUUCUACCCAGUUUUCCUUCGGAUGCUCAAGCGCGCUUUCUCUGUCCAGCUGGAGUGUUUGCAGUUCUUCUUGGCAGUCAUCAGCAGUAUUGUGAGCUUAAGCUACGGCUACUUCUGCAGCGGCUGGGUGUUUGGGCUCUUCUACCUCUGGGUCCAGCACGGCAUGGUUGGGCUGCUUCCGCUCUCGGCCCUCUUGGUGAUCCUGGUGUUUCAGCAACAAUGUCUCUUCGGCAAUUGUCGAGGUGUGCGACAGUCGUCCGCUGAUGGCACGUACCGGAGCUUACACGCUUUCGACGAGUUUACGAUCUAA